AUGAGGUACGAUGGGACUAAGGAUCCCCAGGAGCACCUCACAGCCUUUGAAGCAAGAAUGAACUUGGAAGGGCUGGGUGAUGCGGUCAGAUGCCGAGCGUUCCCUGUGACGCUAGCCGGCCCAGCGAUUCGAUGGUUCAACGCCCUCCCACAAGGGUCCAUCACAGCUUUUGUGAACAUCUUCCAAAGCUUCCUGGCUCGGUUCACGACAAGCAUAGCCAAGGCCAAGAACCCAAUCAACUUGCUAGGGGUUACCCAAAAGCCCAGAGAGCCGACCAGAAAGUUCCUAGACAGAUUCAACGAUGAGUGCCUAGAGAUUAACGGCCUUACGGACUCAGUCGCUAGUCUUUGCUUAACGAACGGCCUGCUAAACGAUAACUUUAGAAAGCACCUUACUACCAAGCCUUUCUGGUCCAUGCAAGAGAUUCAAAGGGUGGCCAAGGAAUACAUCAAUGAUGAGGAAGUGAGUCAGGUUGUAGUAGCCAACAAAUGGCAGCUCUCAAACCCCCUAGGUCGGCAGGCCCCCCAGGUCGACAGGUACAAAGAAGCUCCCAGGGACGGCACCCUAGAUAAGUAG